AUGGGCUGCAGCUCCCUGAUACCUACGAAAUGCCGCGGUUCUUCAGUUGAGUCUAAACAAAUCGCCCUGGACUGCGCGGCCGGCGAGCUCUGCUGCAGAUUUCGACCCAACACAGCGUGUUUCACUUGGCUUACGACGGAGAGUACAGCGACUUACACCCUUUUCGAAUGUCGCUCAACAACCGGUGUGGGAACACUUGUAGCUAUGCCGACGGGCCUCCCAGUAACUACACCAAUAUCAGUCUCUACUCUCGGUGAAACUGACAAGAUCUCGCCGCCAUCCACAGGCGCAACAUCUCGGACUGCUGUGUCUCCCUUCCCAACGUCCAUCAGCGUCUACCAGAGCGGAGAAGCCCCGCCCGGCGCCGUAGCAGCCAGCAUCGCCGGAGCUCUAGCUCUCCUCGGCGUUAUCGCGGGAGGAGUAGUGUACUUGUGGUCGCGUGACAAGAAGAAGAGAAAACGCCAAGGAACCGGAGUCCAUCGAAGGGGGAGCUUGGCGAUAUCGGGCCCGUUCUUAUUGAGCGGAGCACCCCCGAAGAUCCCUCGACCACCUAGGGUCCAUGAGAUGUCGACGUAUGAUGCGCAGCAAAAGACGUCGUCGACGUACAGCAGUGACGGCAGAGGAUCGGAGGGUACCGCUCAGGUCGAGCACGCAAAGCCGCCUCGACGACCGAGGAGGAGUGGGGAUUUUGGCGGUGGCUGGAUUUAA